GGGGCCUGUGUGCCAGGUGAAGGGAACAAGAGCAUAUACUUUGCAUGGUGGUCUCCCCAGGGGGCUGUUGUGGGCUGAUCCGCUGAUUAGUUGGAGAAAGUCGGUUGCCUGGAGGCAGAGAGAGGGGACGCCUACCUAGCAGAGGCAUAUCUUCCCUGGGGUGUCAGUGCAGCACAGGCCGGGGCACCUACCUGGCAGAGGCAGAUCCUGCUUGGGGUUUCAGUGCAGCACAGAGGCCAACAGCUCCUGGCACCAUGGCAAUGGAGAAUGAGAGGUUUGGAGUGGUGAGAGACUCUAUGCAGAAUAACCAGCUUCUACAAAAGGCUGAACUUGGGAAAAGCAUGCGGAAAUGCUACUCAUUGCCUGGACCAGAUUAUACCUACGGGCAAAGCAGUUACCUGAAGGAUGGAGGUGUGGCUGAAGCCAUAGGUCACUGGCGGUCUGUGGAGGCCAAAGCUCACCAGAGAAAACUAGAGAGGGACUUUGUUGCCCUCAACAGGGAAGCUGUGAAAUCCGGGCUGGUCACUGCAGGUGAACAUCAAACAUUCCGAAACACCCACAACAUUUGGCGCCCUGUGCAUGAAGGACACGUCAAGCCUCAAGAUCUGCACUUACCCCCUGGCAUGACCUUUGGGAUCUCCUCAAGGUACCACUGGCACCGACCAUCAGAGGUAAUCAUUCAUACAGUCAUUCAACACAGAUACCCACAAAUACAUAGGCCUUCAACACCUAUAAUGGAUCUUAUUGAGCAUAGAUACCAACAUCUUUGGCUUGAGCAGCAGAAACAAGCAACUGAGGCCCUUCGUCUGAAGUCACUGGAGAAGAUAAAAUUAGGAAAGGUGCAGGACACUCGAACUACCAUGCUCAGAAGAUACCAGCCUCCUGAGGAGCCGGCCCCUCUCUGGCAGCUGCCACGUUUUCAGAAGGUCGGACCUCAUCUUGACACCUUCGGAAGUGACAGAGCGCGUCAAAGAGCUUUCAGCGCCCACCAGUCUGAUGCCAUCGCUCGGCGAGGCAUCCUUGGACAAGGCAUCUAUAAUAUCAGUUGAAAAUUGUAGAUUUAUGGAAAAUAUGCACCAAUACAAACAAUAUAAUAAAUAUCCGUGUCCAGACCAAUAAAACAGUGCGUCUUUUACAGAUAAUAAAUAUCCGUGUCCAGACCAAUAAAACAGUGCGUGUUUUACAGAUA